UCAUGCAUUUUUCUGUUGAACGAUUUGUGCCAUUAUUGGCAUUUUGAUUGCAUUGUUAGCUGAUUUUUAAUGGUGUUACUAUCAGUACUAGCAGGGUUCUAGGAUUGACAUCUGCCAAGUGUGUGCUAGUUUUUUCUGCUAAUAGAUUUCACCAGUUCCUAACCGAUGGAUCUUGAUUUUUAUGCUGUUAGAGCUAUGUUCUUUGCCUCAUAGUAACAUUCUGGACAUGUGUCGUUAGGGAGCUGUUCUGUUACAUGUUCCUUCAGCUGUACAGAUCUAGAAGUUCAUACCAACUCCUGAACAAUGAUCAGUCUUAUUCUCAGUUCAUUGCUGAAUGCCGAGGUUUACUGAAUUCAUAUUGUGACUGCUUGGUCUUUCAUGGAUUUUUCUGUUGAACGAUUUUUGCCAUUAUUGGCAUUUUGAUUGCAUUGUUAGCUGGCUUUUCAUGGUGGUAGUACCAGCAGCGUUCUAGGAUUGACAUUUGCCAAGUGGGUGCUAGUUUUUUCUGCUAAUAGAUUUCACAAUUUCCUAACCGAUGGAGCUUGAUUUUUGUGCUGUUAGAGCUAUGUUCUUUGCCUCGUAGUAAAAUUAUGAAUAUGUAUCGUUAGGGAGCUGUGCUGUUAAAUGUUCAUUCAGCUGUACAGCAGUACAAGUUCAUACCAACUCUUAAACAAUGAUCAGUCUUAUUCUAUAUUUACGGUACGAGAACUGAAGAAAGCACCAAUUUUUUUGAAGAUUCCUUUAGUCCACACAGCUGAGCAGAUCGCGUGCACUGAAAAGGGACCGGAACCAUAUAAAAAUUCAUCCGUUGUCAACUUGUUCUUAAACAAGUAGCCUUUGAAUAUGAAAUUCCUCGGUUUCUCCUCCUCUGCAGUCUUCUUCUCCUAGCUCCCUCAGAUCCACUGCCGGUGCUCUCCUCAUUUUCGGUCCAUACUGAAUCUUGGAACCUCAUCCAUGGGGCUUCCCGGCGCCAGCGGGGUGGCCAACGGUGGUGGUGGCAUGCCAGGAUUCUUCUGGAGGAAGAGCAGGUAUGUCCGCAUGGACGACGUUCUGCCGCAGGAGCAGGAAGCGGUGGAAGAUUCCGGCGGUGGCGGUGGUGUCCGUGUUCGCGGCGUGGCAAGGAGAUAUGUGUUCUUCUGCUCCGUCUUCGCUUCCCUCAACCACGUCCUUCUCGGCUAUGACGUUGGUGUGAUGAGCGGCUGCAUCAUCUUCAUCCAGAAGGACCUCCACAUCAACGAGGUGCAGCAGGAGGUGCUCGUGGGCUGCCUCAGCUUCAUCUCCCUGCUCGGCAGCCUCGCCGCCGGCAGGACCUCGGACGCCAUUGGACGGAAAUGGACCAUCGGCCUCGCGGCCGCUAUCUUCCAGGUGGGCGCCCUCGUGAUGACUCUCGCGUCAUCCUUUGCGGUGCUCAUGGCUGGGAGGCUGCUCGCUGGCAUCGGCAUCGGGUUCGGCCUCAUGGUCGCGCCAGUGUACAUAUCUGAGAUUUCCCCGGCGGCGCUGCGGGGCUCAUUGGCCUCCUUCCCGGAGAUAUUCAUAAGCCUCGGCAUCCUCCUCGGCUACGUCUCCAACCUUGCCUUCGCAGGCCUCCCCGACCACAUCAACUGGCGCGUCAUGCUCGCCGCCGGCAUCCUCCCGUCAAUCUCCAUCGCGUUCGUGCUCACUGUGAUCCCUGAGUCUCCGCGGUGGCUGGUGAUGCAAGGGCGCACAGGCGAUGCGCGCGCCGUGCUCCUCAAGGUCGCAGAGACGGAGGAAGAGGCAGAAGAGAGGCUCGGCGAGAUCGAGGAGUCGGCGCGUGCCACGGCCGCCGACAAGGCGGUGUGGCGGGAGCUCAUGAGGCCGUCACCGGUGGUCCUCCGGAUGCUGGUGGCCGGGCUGGGCGUGAUGUUCUUCCAGCAGGCCACUGGCAUCGACGCCCUGGUCUACUACAGCCCGACCAUAUUCCGGGACGCUGGCAUCGCCUCGGAGGGCCAGCUGCUCGCCGCCACGGUCGCAGUCGGGCUCUCCAAGACAGUGUUCAUCGUGAUCGCCAUUUUUCUGGUGGACAAUGUUGGCAGGAAGCCGCUGCUCUACGUCAGCACGAUCGGCAUCACAGGGUGCCUGGCCACGCUCGCCGCGGCGCUCUCCCUACUCGCGCGAGGCGUGCUGCCGAGCGGCGUGGCGAUCACGCUGGCCAUCCUGACGGUGUGUGGCUUCGUGGCGUUCUUCUCGGUGGGUAUCGGACCCAUCAACAUGGUGCUGAGCUCGGAGAUCUACCCGCUGAGGUUGCGCGCGCAGGCGGUGGCCACCGGCUUGGCGGUCAACAGGCUGACCAGUGGGGCCGUGGCCAUGUCGUUCCUCUCCAUCUGCCGCGCCGUGUCCGUCGCGGGCGCCUUCACGGCGUUCGCGGCCGUCUCCGCGCUCUCCGUGGCGUUCGUGCACAUGUUCGUGCCGGAGACCAGCGGCAAGUCGCUCGAGCAGAUCGAGUCGUUGUUUGCCAGCGACAUCGGCAGCGGUGGCGAGGUGGAGCUCGCCGACGGGGAACAUCUGGUGCACAAGCGAUGACAAUCUAUCUGCCUGCCUGGCACACUGCAUUGGGGUUGGAGUUUGGGGGCGGCACAGUUUUCCCGUUUGACACUGCCACAAGCAGCGCCGGGAAUGAAAAUUUUGUGCCAUUUUGAAUCCUACUGUUCUGAUCGGUCUAGAGAAAGCUGAGAUUUGCUGAAUUUUUUGCAGGUAAGCCUUCCUUUUGAUCAAAGCCAACGGUUGACACCACAUUAUUUUUUCUGCCUGGAGUUGACACCAUAACCCAAAUAAUUGGGAUCUUUUUCUUAUAUCUCGUUGUUAGAUUUUACAAUACAUUUAGUAAAAGGGGCACAUACUGUAGUAUUC